CGUCGCAGCCGCGUAUUAGUAGCCGGUUGAACGGCGAGCGAAACGCCGCGCACGUCCAACGGUCCGUUUCACCGCGUAUUCCGCCGCGCGUUAUUUAAUUUUAUUCAUUUUUCAUUUUCGUUUUUUUUUUUUUUUUCCGUCGCGAGUUUCACGCGAUGUAUUCGGCGGCGAAACAAUUGGCCCGCGGGCGGCUGCUUUCCGGGGCGGUCGGCGGCUGUCCGCGUCGCGGCCACUCCGGGACGGCGGCGGCGUCGUCGAGGGUCGUGAACGGCGUGCGCCACGAACGCGGCGAGUACGGACGCGUGACCGACGACGACGUCCGUCACUUCAGGUCGCUGCUGGGAGAACCGAACGUGGUGACCGGCGCCCAAAACGUCGGGCCGUACAACGUGGAUUACUUGAAGCACGUGCCGGGUAAGCCCGCCGCAACACGCCCAGUCGUAAUUCGCGGCUACUGUUUACAGCCGGGUUUUUAAAACGUCGCGGGGAGCGGCUCGCUGUUUCGGAUACUCGCGUACACAGUAGUGUCACGCGACUCGCGGCGCACACGAGUGUUUUUUUUAUUGCCCCCCCCCCCCCCCGUGCGUCGAUCUGCAGCGGCCCAGACGUCCGGCGCCAGCUCGUUUCGCGACUCGAACUUUUCAUAGUAAUACGUUCUGACGAGACAAUUUUUAACAUUGUUCCCGUGCUUUUGACCGGCGUUUUUUUUUUUUAUAAACGUUUUUCGAAAUCGGCCGGUAGAAUGUCAAAAAACGAUAGAAAAAUAUUACGUCGACUGUUGACGACGAGUGGACGGCGGUGGAUCCACUAAUCGUCUCUCCUAGAAGCUGAUCUAAGGGGCCAAAGAGGGGGGGGGUUCAAUGUCCUAUCGGCCCGUAAAGCGAUUUCGUCAACAUUUGCGACUCGGGUUGAAAUGAAAUCAAAAUGUGUGGAGGCCCUACGCCCUCCCCUGCAAUGAGUUAUCCUCCCACCUAUCCCUGUCGAGUCAUUUUCUUCCGUUGCCCUUUUCCCCGAAAAACAGCAUCUGCGGACAGUAAAUUAUUGGGGAAAAGUCUGAUAUCGUUAAAACGUUGAAAACAAUUUCCAAAACAGGAAACGAAAACGUUUGUUUCGCAUAGUAUUAUUAUUGUUUCUGCUCACGUACUGCUGCUCACUACAAUCUGGCGAGAAUGUGUCGGAAAUGCGUUUUCGUUCGGACAACGGACGGUCAGGGUUCAAAACCAUCAUCAACCUUCUCGUAGUCGACCUUAUCGAUUUUCGCAACAAUCCGUUUCAUCUUCAAAUGCCCCGUCAUUUAUCAUCGCGUUUUUAUUCUCGUUUUCCGCACUCUCGCGUACACCGAGGCCGCGGUUUAAUUUCAAACUUUGUUCGCACCGUCCGUGUCUGUCUGUAUAAAAUAUGACGUAAUACCGAUUAAACCGCGUUUCCGAGGCUGCCGUUUUAUCGUGAAAGGUGGUUUUUUUUUUUAAAAAAAAUUCCGAACAGAACGAGGAAUGUUAUUAGUAUAUUUACUUUUUUCCUGUCUGUGCGUAAACAAGUUUUCGCCCAGUGAUGGUUUAUCACCGAGUACAACAUACCACGGUAUACAAAUAUCUGGAACAUUUUUACGAAGCCAAAUUACGUGUCCGCGAAAUUUAAAAUGUAUGAAAAGCUAUUUAUAACUUUAAAAAAAAAAAAAAACUUGUCUAUAAAACGGUAAAUAUUUGAUGAAAAUCUCGAGCAAAAUAUUUACAGAAAUCUUAAACAUUCCGGUUUUUUUUUAUCAUAUUUCCGCAACCUUUUUCUCCGUACAGUAUUGAUAGAAAUAUCACAAGAAAAAUCGGAAAAUGUCCCACCCGAUUUACAGACAGAGACAGAAGAGAAAAAAAAACAUAUUUGUCGUUCCGGUCAUAAUUGAGAAUUCACACGAAUAUUAGGUACACGAGUACAGGCGAAUGUUUGGAGGGAGUGAGAGUUUAGAGAGAUAUAUUUCCCUCUUCAAAUUUUUUUAAAUGUACUUUUUUAUAUGAUCCUCUAUUUUUAAAAUUUAAAUUUCUUUAUUUUUUAAUCGGAAAAAUUAACAAUUCUAUGUGUUCGUGCCUGUAAGAUAUCUAGUUAAUAUUAUGCAACAAAAAUCUGUCCUAGGAUAAUAGGGACGGGUGCUGCUACUGUUGUAGGUAAUUUAAGGUACAGCUGUAUAAUAUUUGUUUAAUAUUGUACCUAUUUUCCCGUUUUUCCUACGUUAUUUCUGGUAUUUCCCGUUUGUUGGGAAAACUCCCGGAAAAAUCGAAAAACGACCUCCUUAAAGUACCUCCCCGGGCAGAUUUCCUUUUAGAAAAAGCGCUGCACUUGAAAAUCGGAGCGAAAUUGCUGGUAGAAAAGUUGUCCACAGAAAAAUAGAACAAUAAAUAACACGCAUCGUUGUAAAACCCCGCUCCACACGGAAUCUAAAAUACCUAAAUGUAUGCAUUUCCUUGUUUCAACGAAACCUAACAUUCGAACCCGGACACACUGUAAUAGUACGGAUGAAGUUGGAUUAGAUUUCCACACAGAACCGCGCCAAUACUAAAAUUUACGAUACGAGUAGAUUAUUGCACCGCGUUUCACGACUUUUUGGAAUUAUAAUAAAAGGAGUUGACAAAGGGACGUCAUAACGAAUAUUAAUGGUAAAAGACGACCGCGAAACCGGGUUCGGCCGUAACUGUCGUCCGAGCCGCGACCGCCUUUGUCGAAAAAAAUUCUAUUCCCGAAAACCGGUUCGCGACGUGGUUUUUCGCGGCGGCGUACUCUGGCGGAUUUUUCAAAACGCGCCGGGGAUACCGAGUAAUAAUAAUACCGAGGCAUCUAAUUUAUAGAUUCUAAAUGAUGCGAAGAAUGUAUUGGUUUUACUAGUUAUCGGUAUGAGUUUUUUUUUUUUGUUUCUGCAAAACACUUUUCUACCAGAAAUUUUGCUCCGACUAAAUACUGUAUAGUAACUCUCUUGUAGAACUUUUGAUCUAGUUAGUGCUUUGGGGAUUGAGAAAGUUAUUUUGUUUUGAUUUAUCAAAUUGCUAUGUUACCUUAACAACAAGGAAACAAAUACAACUAAUAAUACUCUGCUCAGAAUUGUUUUUCGUUAGCAAUGCUAUAACUUUGCGUACAAAUAUAAAUUAAAUGACUCUGUGUAUCCUUCCUACUACCUUCCCUUCUAAAACAGAGACACACCGGCCUAACCCCGAAGUCAUAUAAGUUAUAUAUAUAUAUUUAUAAACAACAUUAGACUUAUCAAUUUAGUUACUUCAAUUAAAAGACUUAGGAAUAACUUAAACAAUCAAUUAAAAGCACAUUGAGUGUGUCCUAAAAAAAUGUCUGCGUUUAUUAGGUUUUAUUAAGCACCAGCCUUCGGAUUUUAAAGAUUUGCGAUCAUUUAAGUUCUUACGAUUACGUUUUUGUUAGAUCCAUUAUUUUAGAAUACGAAUCGAAUUUGAAGUUCGUAUUCAGCAGUGGACAAUAAUUCCAUUGAGCUCGUACAAAACUGUUUAAUGCGAUUUAUUCGCCUUUAAAUUCGAUUUAACUAUUAAUAAUCAUGAUUAUACGCAGAUACUUUCUAAAUAUUCCCAACUCUUGUGUCUAGACGUGAUCUAGCGGUUAUUUCCUUCGUUUAUAAAUUAAUCAAUGGUAUACAAUUUAUGCAACCCGAUUUAUUAAUAAGUAACCCUUUUAAUAUUUCAGCCUACAUUGGCUCAACCUCUCUAUUUCAUGUACCAACACGCAGCACAUAUUAGUUAAAAUACUCCUCUAUUCCGAAGGUUUUAUGUAAUAAACUUCCGACAAAUGCCGACUUUUUUUAUUUUUACCUUUAGCGACAACUUUAAAUUCGUACCUAAUAUUGAUAUGUGAUACUGGGUAAUACAAAACCGAUUUAUUUUAUUCUGUUAUUUCUAAAUAUCUAAGCAUUUUUAUCUGUACUAUUGGGCUUCUGCUCGUUUUAUUCUUUUUUUUAAUAACUAUUAUUAUUAUUAUCAGUAUUAUUUUUAAUUUUUGACGUUAUACAGAUUAAGUUUUAAUUUUUUUGUGCUGAAAAUUAAUUUUCUUAAUAAACACGUUUGUAGUCUGAGUAAUUGUUGCCCGUGUAAGGAAGUUUUUACAAUUUUUACAGUUUAAAAGCUCACACGGAACCGUAAAUUGUUGUCAUGACACAUCGUGUUUUCGGAUAAUAACUUGAUUGUGGAUAUUUACCUAAUUAAAUAGAAAUAAUCUGACGUACCGGUACGUCAGAAUAAUAAACUCGAACGGGGCAUCGACCAAACCGCUCUCCUCAUAAUUCGAACUCUAGAAGAAAAAAUCGCAGUAGUAUAAUUUUGCGCAAUCGUUAAAAUAAUAGACGCAAACUGCACAGUUAUAUUAUUUAUUGUUUACAUAGUGGUAACGUAAAUAUUUUGUAGCUAACCACCUAAUAGUAUUUGAAAUAUAGUUGGACGAAAUUCGCUUCAACCAUUUUGAGCGCAACAGCGAGAGGAAUUGAUUUUACGGUAAUCACGAUGGUGAUUUUUUCGCAGCUUUCUGUCUGUUAUUUGGUCCUGACGAUACGUUGCGAAAAUUAUUUUUUAACUACUUGUAGUUCUCUGUGUAACAAGGGAAAACCGAGUGAACACGUAAAAAAAAAAAAAAAUUGAAGUAUUUUGUUUCUGCGGUUAUUGUCGGAUUUUGUUUUAUUCAAUAUUGAAAAUAAAUCUUAACAGACCCUUAAACAUUCACCGAACACUAUUUUAUCGGAACUUUAUAGACGUGGCAGAAUUUUUAAAAUAUUCUAGCCUGUUUCAACUAUUUACUGUAGCUAGGUAUUUGAAAUUGUCGAGGUUUUAUAAUUUUUACUUGGUUUUAUGUGAACAAAGGUUUGGCUUCUCAAAAAUGACCGCAAAUUUCAUAAAAAAUUCAUCAUAGGUUGUUUUCCCCACAAUAUUUUUAAAAAAUUUAAAAUUCUUAUAGUUACGACUAUCCUAUACAGCAAUAUAUCCCGCCUUUCGACACCUCAACUUCCCACCUAUACAGAUCAUCGGCCUAACCAUGAAUAUUAUCCUAUCUUUUUCUGAUUCUGAAUUGAGUCGAGGAAUGUAUACUGGUUUAACCAGUAUACGAUGACAAACGCUUACUAUUUUAUUUAUUCGGUCUGUAAACAACUUUUCCACCGGAGACCGUGUUCCAAUCGAAAAAUGACUAGAAACCUUUUUUGUUGAAUUUCGGAUUUAGUUAUAGUCAGUAAGAAAGUCAACUUUUGAUUUUCCAAAGCAGUUUUCAUAAUAAUUAGAAAAACCCGUAUAACCGCGAAGUUAAUAUUUUUAUUUACUCGAAUAUUUAUAAGCUGUGGGGCGGUAAUAACGGUUUCCUAAUUAAAACCGCCGUCCGUUUUCGAUUUUUCCCCCAAUUCGAUCACCCGGACUGUCCCCUAGACAAUUUAUUAUCAACACAAAUUAGUUUCCUUUCACUCGCCUGGACUCCCACACGCCGUGAUGUAGACAUAAAUAUACGAACGCGGACGGGGAGCCCAUAGAAUUUCCUAUCAUUCUUUCGUUUAUUGGAGGGUCUGCACUCUGAAACGCGGUAUAGGGCGGAAAAUAAAUUUAAUUAUUUGUAUACACAAUGCAAAAACAAAUAAUACCACAGACCGCAUAAUAUGUCUGCAGUCACUUAGAUUUUGAACGCGGUGAACAAGUAAACUGCAAUGACUCGCCUCCUCUGUGCAGCUUCUCUGUUCUGAUUGUUUCGACUGCGACUCCGCAGUUCACCGCAAUGACACCGUCCCACCGUAAUUGUUAUUAUUACUGUGAUCAUGAUUAGACGUAUAUUAUUAAUAUUACUGUCAUUACAACUGCCGCAGUGUGUACAUAUAGGUUUAAUUAAACCGUGUAUGUUUUCAGAAGAACCGACGAUUAGGUGGGUCGUCAGUUCGUCAAGAGUGUUAAGGUUAGGUUAACAAGUUAACUAAUCGACAGAACACGAUUAAUAAGCCCUGGUGUUUUUCUAAUUAGUUUUUGAAACAUUAAAAUAUUAUUUCGGAAGGCUGCGCAAAAUUAACUAAAAUUAUUCAGGAAUUAUACCGUUCGACAGGGCCGUAUCAAGGUACAAUGGGGUCGUUUUCCCCGGGGGCGCCAAAGCUUUUUAAAACUAUGGGGCACCCGGCUCGAUAUAAAACUCGAAAUAAAAUUAAAAAUAUCACUUCUUCGUUGUUUUAUUUUUAAACUCUUUGUCAGAGUAAUAAUGAAUAUUAUUCGGUAAUUAGAAGUGCGACCUAAUAACGCAUAAAUAGUACGUGUACCUAGAAAAAAACUGAGGACUUAGGAAGAAUCUUAUUUGAUAGAGGUAAAAUGUUGAAAUUUGAAUAUGAAUUUAAUGACAUUUUAUGAAAAACAACGCAUUUUGGAGGAAAGGGAGAGGAUUUACCCUCAAAUCAUCCUCAGAUAAGAUCUUAAUAGAGACUGUACAAAUUUAUGUCCCUGGGCGUCAAAUGGCUUGGCACGGAUCGGCCAUUCGGGAAAAACUCUUACGGGAACAAGGUCCGGAAACCUGCAACGAGAUGUAUAUGUUAGAUUAGGUUUUCGUACCAAGCGACGAAUCAAAGAUAACGCACUUGUUUGUCAAUACUUACACAUCGGAUGUAACAUAACGAUCAACGGGCUUUGUUGCGGAAUGGUUAUAUUAUGUGUCCCGUAGAGGCUUAAGGGGUCUCGCAAUAUAAAUAGCAAAUAAAAGGCAUUCCGCGUUUUAACGAUUACGACCCUUUAGAUUUUAUAAAGAAAAAAAUUGACUACGCCUUGGCGGAAUAAUUUAUUUUAUGUAUUCGUUUUUAUCUCGGUAAACAAUGGUUUUGAUCCACUUCAAGAAAGAAGAUCGAUGAAAAGGUGUAUUGACGUAAUGGAAAAGGAUUUGGAAAGCUUAGGAGUUUAAAACUGGUUACAGACAGACAGACAGAGGGAGAGAUAGAUACUUGAUUUCUCUUAAUUUUAACCGUUAAUACCUAUUACUCGGCGAGUAAUUUAUUGAAAAAAUAAAAGUAGACACUCUUGCGUAAAGCCUUUGUGGCUUUGUCGCAAUAUUAUUUACGGACAAGUCGGUGUCGGAAAAAACAAAAUAUUAUUAUGACGCGCGUUACGAGAACGUCACACGUGCAUUCGUUGUUUCUGCCUUUUAAACGCAAGAUGUAGCAAAAAUACGCUUACGCAGAACGCACAGAACUCGCUUAGUUUUGAUUUUAGAGUAAAAUCACUUGUGAUGAAAUUAAUGAAGAACAAUAUUCCGGAGGGCGAGACGUUGCGCAUUUUUGAAAAAAUUAUAUUUAUUUAUUUUUUUUUUUUUUAAGUUUUAUCCGGUUGUAUUCUGAGAAACGGGAAAAAAACGCAACGUUUCGCCCUGCGGAUUACCGUUCUCUUUCGAUUUUACAACGGGCGUUUUUACUCUAAAACCAAAAUUAAUAAGCGAGUUCCGCGCAGACCGUGCAAGGUGUGGAUUUCGCUUAUAUCGCCCGUCAGUCGGACCGAGACGGCGCGACACGCGGUUAUAGCGUCCACUCGGGAGGUACGGCGGAAACACGCGAAAUAUCCGAAAACGUUUUAUCCCGACGGUAUUUCGGCCGGAAAACGCGCCGUCGGAAACGUACGCGCGGGACCGAAACCGCAUCGCACACGUCCGGAAAAUGGUCCGCGCGUAGCGAGCGCGUGACAUCGCGAGUCCGUGCGACAGACGGAAACGGCGAUCGGUGCGCCGUCCCCGCGACUGGCCGUCCGGAACUCGUACCGUCGUAAAAAAUUGUAUCGCCGUUAUUGUAAUAUUGCACGCCAUUGUAUUCGCGCUGUUUUAUCGCAGCGGCUAUUGAUAAGCGGUUAAUAAUGUUGUUGUUGUUGUUGUUGUUGUUGUCGCGUGUCGUGCCGCGCGCGCUGCAGGCAACACCGAGCUGGUGUUAAAACCGAGGACCACGGAGGACGUGUCGGAAAUACUCAAGUACUGCAGCGGCAGGAGACUGGCGGUGUGUCCGCAGGCGGGCAACACGGGCGUGUCGGGCGGCGGCGUGGCGCUAUUCGACGAGGUGGUCGUAUCCACGCAACGGAUGAACAGUAUAAUUAAUUUCGAUCCCGUGUCCGGUAAGUAGUGUUCGGCAUGGUCCGAGUAUUAAUAAUAAUAAUAACGAUAAUAACAACGGUAAUAAUAUAACGCGUCCGGCGGGAUAUUGUUGUCGGGCGGGCGCGCGUGCGCGCGCGCGUAUUGGACGAUCUUUACGAUACGCGUGCAGAGGUAUGCGAGAACAUUGUUGCCGUCGUCGACGACCGCGGGGGUGUUGUUGUUGUUGUUGUUUUUUUUUUUUUUUUUUUUUUUUUAACCCCGGGGGGGGAAAAAAAAAAAAAAAAACAAGACCGCGGCCAGAACGCCGGAUUCCCAUAAACGGGAAACCCGUACGCGCGUUUAUGGGCCGCAGUAUCUCGGUCGCGUGUAACGUGUUAUUAUUGCGUUACCGCGGUUACGCGGUCGUUACGCGAUCCGGUCGACAAUCCGGAUUGUUUAUUCACGCGGCAAUAUUGAAAAGCCGUCCUGGGACAACGGGAACCGGGGGACGGGUGCAGCCGCUGUUGUUGUACAGGUGAUUCGACGUGCAUCCGUGAGCGACGGUUAAUCGUCGAUAACGAAAAACGAUUCUGAACGGAGUUCGGUUGAUAGUGUUGCCGUGUCAACAACAUAUAUAUAUAUAUAUCAUAUUAUGGUAAAAUAAUUGCGUGUCAUACGCAUUAUACAUUUUUUUUUUUUUUUUUUAAAGAAAUUUCUUUAUUUGUUCAAUAUUGUACCGAUUUUCCCAGGAGUUUUCCCCACUUAUUGGGAAAACUCCCGAGAAAAUUGAAAAAUGACCUCCCAUAAUAAAGUACUUUUCCAGUCCGAUUUCCUUUCAGAAAAAGUAGUGCUAUCAUUGAAAACUACGGGUAGAAAAGUUGUUUAAAGAAAAAAAAAAAUUAAACAUCGUUGUAAAACCGAUACAUUCCUCGCUCCGCUCAUAAUUCAAUAAAACCGUAUGAAUUAACCGUAGUAUACAGAUUAUUUAAAAACAAAAUAUUAAACAGAACGAAAAUUAUUUCAAGUGUCAGACCAUCGCGGGACACCUUUUAUAAUUAUUGCGGUAUUUAUAGCAUAGUGUAGUAUUAGAUUAUUAUUGGACUGUUCGGUUAUCACGUGUUGUUUCGCAAAGUUUUUUUUUUUAAUAGAAAAUAUACGGAUGGAAAUACAUUUCUAGUGAUGGAGCUUUGCUGCUCACGGGUGUAUUCUCAUUAUUGUAUAAAUUUUUCAUUAUUAAGAAUUCAUUUAAACAUAAAAUAUUUUAUAAUAGUACACAUGACAUAUAAUAUUAUACAAAAAAAUAAUUAUAAUACUCCUGUAAACCUAAGCUUGUGAUGGAGUAGAGAUUUGUUUUUCUGGUUGUGUAUAUAAUUUAAUAAUAUAACCACAGGCAUCUUAUUCUACAUAUGUAUAUAUUAUUAUUUCAAAUAAGUAGACUUAGUAGCAUAGUGCAGACAAUAUGAAAAGAAAGACAACAAAAAAAAAAAAAAAACAUACAAAUAAUACUUGUUAUUAUUAUUAUAUUAGUUAAAUUUAUUAAACACCAGUAAUUCAAUACAAAAUAAUUAAAAUAUUUAAAUAAAAUACGUACAACGUAGAAACCCAUCACGAUUGCACGCCGAAAAUAAAAAAAGGCACAAUUACAAACAUAGGACUAACUACCGUUCCCAUAGGCUUUCCUAAUACCUUCGUCAGGUUGAUGGGCUGCUAUUGACCGUUUCGUUCCUAAUUGCCAAACGAGAGGAAGUAAUAAUCAAGUAUUAUCGGACACGAGUAUUUUUGUAUCCGACAACCACCAGCCAGACGAUUUUUUCGUUUGUGCAAAAGUUAGCGACGCACUUUUUAACACGGACCAAGUGGUUACGUCCGUGAGGUUUGUUGAAUUAACGACAGUGUGCGGGCGUGUGCGUUCUCCGGGUUUUAAUUAUUUAAUGGAAAAACGUGUUUAUUUUGAUUUAUUUGUUAAUAAAUCGGCGGGUACAGAGCCGUGUACACUUUCGAACAAUGUUUUUGUAUGAAGCAUGAAGCACAACGAUUUUUUAUACUUACCACCGCCACCACCAUUACCAACCCUCUAAAUCGGUAAUAAAUCGUUAUUCGCUAUUACUAUUCAAACUCGCUGGUCUGUUAGUUUACAGUCUUAUUGCUUACGUGUCCGGCCGUCCAUAACUCACCGCAACCAACCACCACUUUUGGUCGAGCCACGAUCGUCAAAAAACAGUCUUCGUUACUUGUUUACGAAUAGACACGAUUUAUUCAUCGUGUAACUGUAGGCAAGUGCUGGAAGUCUCUUUUUGCAGGCUCGCCUUCGUGUUUCCAUACGAGGACAUUUUGUGAGGUACAAUGGCGUACAUAGAAACACGCGAUUAUAUUAUUAUUAUCGUCGACUCGAAUAGUAAUUCUUUUUUUUUUUUUUUUUAUAGCCGUACAGUCCUUGAAACUAUACGAAAAACGUUCGAUACACGUAUCCGUAAAGAAAGUAAUUUUUUUCGUUUUCUGCGCCGCGCCGUCCGUAAAUAGGUAUAGGAAAAAAAAAAAAGAAAAAGUGUCGCGAUCGUGUAUAACUUAUAUUCAUCGUCCCCGCUAUAGCGCGCGCGACUCGUCUUUUGAUAAAAAAAAAAAUAAUAAUAACAAUACCAGGGGUGGUAUCCGCCACCCGCGGUGACGGAUAAAACCUUUUUUUCUUUUCCUUUUUUUUUUUUUUCCUGCCCGUGUACUUACAAUACGAUAUGCGCGUGUACCCACAUUAUGUGCUUGCAUGGCGUACGCGUAUUAAAAUAAUUUAUAUUAUGGUAUACGGUACCGACCACCCCCGUCGCGUUAAUAAUUUCGUACGCUUGUUGUUACCAUUUUAUCGUGUUACCGUGUUUAUUGUAUACCAUUAUUCGUUCGGGUCGCGCGGCCGACGAAGACUACGGGUAAAAUAUUCGAAACGGUACAAAAACAGCUCACAACAACUCGUACGCGAUAAUAUUACAAUCGUAUAUUAUAAUGGCUAGUGUACCGGAGUGAUUUUAAACCGAGCGUAUAUGGUGUUUUUUUUUUUUUUCUAUACAAAAACGUUUUUCUUUUUCUGUUUCGCUCGUGUACGUACCUGAGUACCUAUUACGUAUACGAAGAACACUAAAUAAUGUAUCAAACGCGACUUUUAUUUUUUUUUUCCUUUUUACCAUUAUUAUACCUGAUAAUACACAAAGGCGCGUUUCGUCCGAACGCAUGCAAAACGUUCGUGCCACAUAUUAGCCUGUAGUUUACGUGUCUAUAGCUUUGCCCGCGCACAAUCACGAAUGGAAAACAAAAAUAAUAACGUGUCUCCCGGACCCAGUCCACCAGUCGUCCGUGUCUCUAUCACAGCCGUUAAACGUCGUUGCCCGGUAAUUUAUAUUUGUUUUCUUUUUCUUUUUUUUUUGAAACUGUAAUAUUUCCAUGACGACCGAAUCGUCUAAAAUAAUAAUAAUAUCUGGUUUUUGUCGUCCUCGUCGUCGAGGUAACGCGCGUAAAUCAACAAAAAUAAUUCAAUUUUGCGUCCCGAAAACACCAAAAGCCCAGUGUCGGCCCCCCCCUUGUAGGGGUUGAAUUUCGAAAGUCGGUGUUCCAGACGUACACACCAUCCGUUCGUUCGUUUCUGUAUGUAAAUUUUCAGACCGCUGCGCGCGACAGAUCCGACCGUGAAUGGCGAAUCGCGCACAAGCACACAGACGCCAUACUUGCCUUUAGUACUGCAGAUAUAGAAUGCAGAUAAACGAAAUAGAUCCGAUUAGUUCGGUCCGGUUCGGUCGUGUUCCGAGGGCGCGAAAUCCCGGACACCUGCAAAUCGAAUUUCCACUAGCCAGUCGUAAUAAUCCGUUUGGACUCCCUUAAAAAGAUGUCUAUCAAAUUUCCCUUUUUUUUUUUCAGAAACUGAAAAAAAAUUUUCGCAAAAAAAAAACACAGCAAAACAGUUUUUAAUGAUGUUUAUUGUGGAAACAAUAAAAUUACUCGUACACAUAAUUCCUUAUUGUACACAAAGUAUACAUGCAUUGAAUGUGGUAUACGCCCUUUUAACAAAUCAGCGUUGGUUUAAUUAUAUUUUAAAAAGGCGCCUGGAUAUCUUUUAAUCGACAUUAACAACUUAAUUUUCCGCAUUUAAAUACGCCUUCUUACCGGUUUAUACUACUAAUUUUCCCGAUUAUUUUUUUUUUUUUGUAUACCAAAAAUGUAUUUUUUGAUUUUUAAUGGUAUACGCCCUGUUUUAACAAAACACCAUCGAUAUUUAUCAAUUUAUCGAAAUUAUAUCGGUGUCUGCGAGGGAAUUCGAACCCCCUGGACGUAAAAAAAAAAAAAAACGCGUAGUAAAAUAGAAAAUCGAUUUGAUUAAUCUAAUCUGUUUAGGCGCGACGUGGUUAUCAGCAUAAUCGCGUAUCGAUUUAACAUAAUAUUGAAAUAAAAUCGAUACCAAAAAUUACCUGUUUUCGGUGUUCGACCGUGUCUUGGAUAUGUCGAUAGCUAUCGAAUCGCCCAUACCUAAGUAUAAUUAUUAUAUAGAGGUAGGUACAUUUUAUUUUUUUGUAUCGUGUUAAAAUAAGACAUUAAUAUAAAAUGUUUUUGCCGCAAAAUUAUUUUUUUAUGUAUGAUAUAUUUAUAAUUAUUUGGUUUGGCCUCGACAAAAUUUAAUUUAAAAAAAAAAAAUAAUAAUAAUAAGAAAAAACUGUUGCUUGUUGAUAAAUAUCGAAUAUUAAAUUUCCGUUAUAAAUUACAACGUUUCCUUAUGUAUGUAUAAUAUUAUUACACACGAUCUUAAUAUUUAUUAGGUAUAUGAAACCGCUGCCGCCGCCGGCUCUCCGACACGGUAAAUACACUCUUUUUUUUUUUUUUUUCUUCUCGUCGUUUGAAUAUUUAUUAUGUUCUGUAAACGCGUACUUCAAUAAUAAUAAUAAUAUACGCGUAUGUAAAACGAUUUUCGAACAAAAUCACGAACCACUUAUUAUUACGAUAUAAAAGCACACACACGCCUAUAUUUUGAUUAACCGGAGUACGUACGAGUGUAAUACCAGUUCGUACUCCGGAUAAUCAAAAUUCAAAAAAAUACUACCCGGUAAACUAAUAACAAUAUUGUCCACGUACGCCAUAUUAUUGUAAAAUAAUAUUUGUAAUAUAGUGUCCGCGUGACAUAAAUCUAACGAUAAAAAACCGUGUACAUUUUAAUAUUUGUAUGAAGAAAAAAAAAUACAAAUACAAAAUACAAAUAUGACAAUAUACUACGGAUUAAAUAUAAAUAAUAAAUAAACAGAUUGAAUAUUUACGCACAAAUCAAUUUUGUAUACUUAACGGAAAUUGUAAAACUUAUUUUAAAAAAAAUUGCAAACAAUAAUAAUAAUGCGAAUAAUAAAUUUAAUAUUUAUAAACUUCGAUAAAAAUAAAAAAAUAUCCACGAAAUUUUUCUGCCAUAUUACAAUUGUAUAUUUAUAAAAUCACAAAUUUUGAAUUCUACGUUUAACGUUUUACUAUAAUAUCUAAAUGUUUUGGAAAACAUUUUUCGGGUUAGUAAAAACUGCAAACGCUCCAAUUUACAUGCAUCAAUAACCAUACGGAUUUUUUACUUGGUUAGGUUACUUUUUUUAAAAACUAUUUCUAGAUUCCCAAUUGAUUUCCCGAAAAACUUUAAAAAAAGCUGACAACAAUAAUGUCGAUACGUCAAUUAUAUUUUUGUAAUCCGGUUCUGCAGGGUUACCUCAUAGACUCCGUAAAGGGGAAAACACCUAUAUGAAACACUGGUCGUAUAAUGUGCAGUUUACAAGUUCAGAAUCGGUUUUUUUUUUUUUUUUUAAUUAUUAUUAUUAUCGCGAUGAUUUACCGUUGCUUUCGGUACACUAAAUUAUUCAGUUUAUCCAAUGCCUUCCUUAUUUCCCACUUACAGCAGUGACAACAUCCAUUAGUGGUAUCAGAUCAUUUUUUGUUGGUAUUUUGUAUCAACCCCGACGACAAUAUUGCGCCGCCCGCACCGUAAUAUUGAUAAUUAGUAAUUAUUAAUUACAAAUAGUUAAGUAUACGAUGUACACACAAUAUUAUUGCAUUGAACUACAUAAUAAUAUCCUCGCGACACGACACAAUGAACGGCGUAGACAAAUAAACCAAUAACGUACGCGCGCUCGUUAAGUACUUGAUGAUAAUAAUAACACGGUGUCGCUUUUUUUUUAAACAUUUUUUUUUUAAACGUAUAGGGGUGUUGGUGUGCCAGGCGGGCUGCGUGCUCGAGUCGUUGAUGGAGCACUUGGAGAGUCACGGACACAUGAUGCCGUUGGACUUGGGGUCGAAGGGUAGCUGUCAGAUCGGCGGCAACCUGUCGACCAACGCGGGCGGCAUACGCGUCAUACGGUACGGCACGUUACAGGGAUGCGUCUUGGGACUAGAAGCCGUAAGUGCGACGUGGGAGGAGGAUCCCUAAUUGGACUCGGCGAUUAAAAUUCCGAAAUGAUAUACGCCAGUAAUAUACUUAACUGGAAAAUAUUAUGUUUUUUUUGAAAACCACAGUCCUACCUAUCGAGACUUUGAAGUAGGCAAUUUUAUUUUUCGCCGACAUAAAGACACGAAAAACGGUUUUUGUCGGAAAAUUAGUUUUCGCGUGAAGAUCUACGCGUGGCACCGCACGGUCGUGAAUAAAUUGCUCCGUGGUCGUAUCAUAAUAAUAUUAUCAUCAGGAAUAUUCUAAUAUCAAGAUUACGAUUCGCUUAUCGGUACUUUUCGAGUCUCUCAUUAUUAGUUAUUAUUCGAUUUGUUUUUAUAGGUGUCUACUAGAUAUUUAACGUUCCCCGCGACCGAUCGGCGUACAAAUCUCGUACGCCUAACCUCCGGGAAUCACUUCUGACUUUCGGGUGUUACGUUUUAUGAAUAGAAUGCUCAAAUAAAAUUAUUCCUUCGAAAUUCGACGCGCCUUUAAAAAUCGACGAAUAUACACUCCGAUGAUCUAAAGGACCGAUUUCGUGUGCGCGUAUUGUUAUGAAAUGCACCGGGGACGGCCGAACGGUCGACCGAGGGCUGUUCUUCAAAUGUCGAUCUCCCUUUUGGCAGAAUUUAUUUUCAUGUAAUUAGCGGACGAAUCACAAUUGCCGAUCAUUUUUACCUUGACGUAUUAUCAUUGUUUUGUUGUCAGUUUACCAAGUGAUACAAUUUCACAGGGCUUAUACUGGCAGUUAUAUCUGCAAUAAUAUUAUACGGGUCUUAAUGACGGCGUGUUGAUAAAAAAACCAUUAUUUGACCAUAAAUUUUAGUUUGAUUAUGUCCACGCGUGCGCGUAUUGUCAAUGACAAAUUAGGUAAUUUACAGCAAUACAUAUUUUGUCGGGUGGUCGACCGUCGGAGCCGAAACACAUUCUCCGCGGGUCUCGGCCGACGAAAGUUCGGUCGCCGCAUUUUUCGAUCAGCCGCGCGUUUGUCCGCAAUCGUUUUAAAAAAAAACGAGCGACAAUAACCGCGAACGGUACGAACACACUGUUGCGUCACGUCGGUUCGGCCGUUCGGCUUUGCGACGGCACGGCCCGGUCGCGCUUAUCGAAAACGGUUCGCCGCGGCGCGGGACGUCGUGCGGGCGCGUCGUAAACAACGCGACCGUAUCAACGCAACGGCGGCCGCCGCCGGAUGACUCCGCGACCCCGCGCAUAAUGACGGGAACACGCGACGCGCGUACGUAAUAAACCGUAUUCGGUAUCCGCGUAACGCGUCGUGGGCGCACGCGCGCUCGCGCGCCACCGGAUCCGGGCGCGAUCGACGGUUCGUUAGGUCCACCCCCCCCCCCUCUACCGGCCGCCGUCGUUCCGUUCGAUUGACGGGAUCGCGACGCGCGCGCGCACGUACACGCAGGCGUCCGGUAUAACGCGCGGUGCGACCCCCGGGGAGGGUUUCGCGCGUGAGCGCAUCCGACCGGGAAAACCCCGCGGGAUUCGUGCGGCGGCGGCGGCGGUACAGUAUCGCGUACACGUCCGAAUGUAAAGCUUAUUGCUUUGCCGCGGCCGUCACCCUGUACAGACGCGCAGAGUACACAAUAACGAUAAUAUAUUACAACGGUCCCCGCGCGUGUAUACAGGACGACGACUCUGACGAUCGACGCGACUGUGCGCACGGCACGGCGUUAACGGUCGCUGUACCGCGCGGUCCGAGUGCAAUUGCGUAUAAUUGUAGAACGCAAUCACUGUUGCUAACGGUUUAUCGCCAUUGUGUAUUUUACCGCCGCUGGUUAUUCACCACCUCUUAAAAAGUGGUCGGGAUCAGAGGCGCCGGGUUUUUGAAAACGUCGUGGGGGGCCCCCGCGCGCGCAGUCUCGCCUGAAUCUCGCCGCGCAACUCUUGUUUUUAUUCCCCUUGAAUUGUUCGUUAAACGAUAAAACUACUAAAACAAAAAUACAGUUAUUUGUCGUUUUGUAUGUCAUAACAUUUUAAUAGUAUUAGUAUAUACUAAAUUUAGUUUUUGAGGAAGUACAUGACAAAUAUUGAUUUUUUUUAUAAUAUGAGAGAACCGUAUGGGGCUUAUCUCCAUUUUGUUAAGCUCGUAGGGGGCUGCAGCCCAAAAGUCCCCAUGUACACGACGCUCCUGAUCGAGACAAUAACAAAAGUCGGAUUAUAGAAUACCGUAAUCGUCGUUAGAUCGAUUGUACUUUAUGACUGCGGUGAACAGUGAGCCUGGCAAAAACGAAUUAAUGAUAUUUAAAAGGAAAAUCUUGCAAAGACGCCUACGACACAAGGUCAAACGGGGAACUUAUUACUAUAUCUAUUAGUGGUCAUACCUAAGAGAUUAAGAUGGGCCAGACGCGUGUGGAGAAAGGAGGGCCGACUCAUACGGAUAGUCACAAACUGAAGACCCGAUAAAAACCGACCGAAUGGAGAAGGCCUAGACAACCGUGGGAGAGCCGAGUAAAAGAAGAUCUUAAAUUAUCGGAAGUGCUGAAUGAAUAAUAUCCGGUAGUGCAUAGAGAACACGGAAAGAGAUUGUAAAAGCGACAAUGGGCCUAGAAUAAGAAAAAAAAAAAUUCCACCAAUAUUCGCAUGUAUAACAGGGCGAAUCAGCGAGAUUCCUGGAGGAUUUUAAGUAAAUUCGAUUACUUACUGUUUUUUUUUUCUUUCGAAUCACUAUUUUCCACUUUCUGUCCUUGAAACUGGCAUAAAAGGUACUAUGGAGAGCUGUGUUAUAGAACUAACACAAAUGACGAGCUAUGUUAAGGACCAAAGAAUUCAAUGGCUAAGCCUCAUAAUGAAAACAGGUAAAUACGAGACAGUUAGGGUAGCUAUUAUGGAAUUAAGAAAAGAUCGAUUGAUGCGGUGGAAAAGGAUUUGGAAAGCCUGGAAAUUGAAAACUGAAGAGAGACAGUUCAAGAUUGAGACGAGUGGCGAAGUGCAGUGAUGGCGGCGUAAACUCUCAGAGAAAAUACAAACUUUAUAUUAUCUAAAUGUUAAAUCUAAUUGAUUAUAACCCUUCCCUACUCCUUCGAGAAAAUCGCUGGUUCAUGAUAAAUGGAUCUUUCUGUAUACAUGUAUUAUUAUUAUUAUUAUUAUGCACACUGUGCUCGUUCGAGUGACGAUGAUAAUAACGAACGUACCUAAUAAUAUUAUUAUAAUAUCGUCCGACUGCAAUUUAUACAACAAUAAUAAUAAUUAUUAGGGCUCGGAAUAAUAUAGACAGUAAAAUCGUACUAAAUAUGCGCAUGAAUUAUUAUAAUGCAGUGGCAGUAUGAUAGCAGUUUUAUGAGUCUGAAGACUCGCCAUUUUUUAAUAGUUAAGUGGGUGACUGGUUCAGCUGAGUGGUCCGUGGGUGUGAGAUACUUAUUGGCUUAGGUUAAAAUGUUUUCACAAAUAACAAUGCAUUACAAUUGAUGCGCAAGAUCAUUUAUUAAUAAUUACGAUGGGAGAUUCAAAUAAUUGUUUUGUUAUCUCGCACGUGAUAUGAGUUUCGCGCCGCAACAUGUAUGCACGUGUUAUCACGAGAAUACGAAAAUCUGAAAAAAAAUAAUAUACUCACGACAUUUAAGUUUCUUAAGCUUUUUGUCUAGUUUCUCGUUAUCGACGUCAUCGCUGUGGUAUUACACCCGCAGCAAACUGUAUCUUGUUUUUGAGAGCUCUUGUGUCAUUGGUAAACAAUAAAUUAUCAAUCGAGUAUUGACAAUAAUUAACCUAGAGGUCAACGAAUUAAUAAUGUGGGAAAAAAUAAAUUUAAAAAACAUUCAAAUGUGAAUUUACCAGUUAAAUGUUAAUAUAAACGUAAUGUUAUUUUUUUCAAUAGAUUAAUUAUUUGUACGCUUUUUUGAAACAAGUAUAAAUACGCAAAAUAAUUAUAAAAAAAAAAAAAAAAAAACAUGUACACGUAUGUAGAACAAGCACAAUACAGCGCAAUCGAUAUCUUAAUUCAACUGUAGGUAGCACUGAUGUCAUUUAUCGUAAAGAAACACUGUCAAAUAGACCUUAUUUUUGUAUAAUAUACCAUGUGUUUUUUUACACGUCGUCGUCAGAGUGCGCUAGUGCUCAAGCACGGUACGUCGCGAUAUAAUUAUGGACGAUCCGAAUUAUCACAAAACUAGCCUCCUUGUUUCAGUUUACUAAACUUCUACUAGAGUACAGAUCAUUCGAAUUUAAAUACCAAUAGUCUCUCUUUUGUUCUCCCGGGGAAAAUUUAUCUAAACCGUUCGCGUUAAAUUAAAUACUCGUACAGAAUUUCCCGAACGCAGUAUACAACGUCUGUAAAUAAUUGAUAUCGUUUCCGGAAAUCUCCAUAACAAACUCGAUCGUCAAUAAUAUAAUACGCUUAUAAUGCAUGAUACAUAUAUAUUAUGUUAUUAAAAAAAAAAAUAUUCGACCGCGGUUUUCGGGGCGUUUUCAACGGAUUCAGUAUAUAAUAAUACACAUAUAUGGGCGGGUAAAUAUACCAAAAAUAUCGUAUGUUUCGCGUCGCGUGUUUUUUUGAACGCGAAAUGUCUUUUAUAAUACCAUAAUAUACGGACAUAUAUUUAUAAUAAUAUACCUAUGCAAUAUAAUAACGUGUCCGAAAACACGCGAAACGAAAAACAUAUAUAUUAAUAUGUUUAUACUCGUAUACAAUUAAAAGUCGAAACGUAUAACGUUUAAAAAAAAAAAAUAAUAAUAAUAACAACUGUACGGUUCGCUAUUUGUUUAUGCUAAAAAAAAAAAAAAAAAAAAAAAAAAAAAAAAGCCCCAGAGAAAGCUGCCGCCGCGGUCGACGUUAACAUCACGUUAAAUAUUAUUCGGAGUUAUUCAAUCAAUGUACGCGCGCGACGACGAUAAAUUGUGGCUGACGAAAUGCCAUUCUGAGCGAAAUUCGCCACGCGUUUUAAAAUGCCGGUUUUCCUCGUUGAUUUUCGGAUCGCCUUUUGGUCGUGCGUACAAGGGUGAUAAAAAAACCGUACCUGUUCGACAAAGUUCCCCGAGAAUCAUUGCGACGGUUUGUCGUCGCAAACUAUAAAAAAAUUACCGGCCUGCGUCCUGAUAUUACAGUAUGUGUUCUCAACUUCCCGACUAUACCCACGGUGCGGCGAGUAUAUAAUAUGUCCUAAGCAAACGGACAUACAUGGUACGAUGGAUGGACCACUAUUGUAAGCGAGAAGUUGGAAAGGUGGAGGGAAAAUUUAAUGUAUAUCUGUACGCAAACAUUAAUCGUUGCUAUCGAAAAACGAUUCUGAACGGAGUUCGGUCAUACGCGUUUUGAAAGGCCGUAAUACGUUACGAUUUGAAAAUAAUACAUUUCAUCCCAUUUAUUAUGUAAACUCCUAAUGUACCGCCUCAGUCAGAUUUCCUUUCGGGAAAAGUGCUACACUUGAAAAUCGGAGCAAAAUUUCCGGUAGGAAAGUCGUUCGCAGUUAAGAAAAAAAAAAAAAACUUUAAUAAUCACCGUUGUAAAACCGACACAUUCCUCGCUCCGUUCAAAAUCUAAAACAGUAACAAAUAAUAACACUAACAGACCGGUGGCGUAGCGAGGGGAGGUGUUGGUGGUAUAGCGACACCCCCCGUGACCGUGUUUAUUGCUACAUGUAUAUAGUAAAAUUGUGCAAGAUAAUUAUUUUACAAUAUGACUACGGGUAACUCCAUGCGUAAACGUAACCAUAUCACUGUGUAAAUUACUUGACAAUAUCAAAUUUUCACGAAAAUCAUAAAUAUUACGGCCUUUGAAAACGCGUACAACCAAACUCCGCUCAGAAUCGUUUUUCGUUAGCAAUGAUUAGUCGCGUCGCGUACAGGUGUACAUUCGAUUCCCAUCUUAUUGUCCUGACCUCUCAUCAAUACCGGUGCCCCGCCCAUCGUGCGAAGUAUGUCGGUCGUUUUUUUAAUUAAUAGGUUUUGUUACUUUUCAUAACACCUCCCCUCGCCCCCUUUGGAAAUUUCUGGGCUACGUGCCUGUAACAAACCCUACGAAUUAACUGCUAUGUAGCUACAAAUACACAUAUAUAUAUAAUAUUAUGUAAUGGCGGUGGCGAAACGCGUUGUGUUUGAUCGGUCGAAAACGAACAACUCCGGAGGCCCUCAAUAAGCUUUCCCUUAAUUACGUGUGUUUUCGUCGACAUCGGAAUCGCGAUUCGGUAUGCGUACGGCGUGUAUAAAGUACGGUACAACAACCCUCCCCUCUCCCGCCGCCGCCGCCUUGCCACUUCCCCCGGAUUUCCACGUCGGCCGUAGCCGCGAGCAGGGCGGUUUCCCCUAUAUUUUGCAGUAAUUGCAUAGUCUGCCGCCGCGCCGGUGAUUUAGCAAUCGGCCCGACGCUCAAUUAAGUGGGUUCGGUUUUUUUCGCCCUCCGCUUUUUACUUAUUAUUAUUAUUAUUAUUAUUAUUAUUAUUUUUAAUCAAAUCAGUGUUUCGUGUUGUACUUUUUUUUUUUCGGUUCGUUGUUGUUCUUUUUUUUUUUUUUUUUAUCGCACACUGAGAGUAAUCCGCCGAAACUCUUGGAGUUAUAUCCUCCUAUGUAUACCUAUAUAUUAUUAUACUGCACGACCCUCUUUUUAUUAUUUAUUAAAGUCGUUUGUUUGUUUAUUAUUAUUUUUUUUAUAUUUUCGCUAAAUUAUACCGGAAUGCCGCUAACGGUUUAUUAUCAUUAUUUUUUUUUUAUUUUUUUUAAUUAGACGCAACGUUAAAUAAUGUACCUCUACACGACUAUACCGUAAUUACCAUAGUAUAAAACAAAAAAUUAAUAUCUGCUCGGUGGCAAAAUUAACAUUAUUAAAUAUGAAUGCGCCCGGAGUGCAAACGAGCGCAGAUUUAUAUUAGCGCAUACUUAUACUUGUAUAGUUACACUCAAUUAAACUAGAUUCGACAACAAAGGGUUGUUAUCGUUACCGUCUUCGACACGGUUUCCGUGCUUUCCUCGUGAUAACCGGGCACGGGACCCGCGGAGUAAUGGGAUUCAGCCCGUAUCCAAACCAAUAGUUUGAAUAUUUUAUUUUCGGUCUUAUGCUAUAUAUUUGUCACAAUUUUGAAAAAUCUUGUAUCUUCUGUUUUAAAACUAUAUUUGUCGUAUUUUCUGAAAAAAAUUCACCGCCCCUCCUUAUUUCAAUUUUCGAGAUCCGCGCCUGAUCACAACUACCGGUGGUCGAGGAGGAGAGAGGGCGAUUCCGUCGGUUUAUUAUUAUUUGAACAGACCUUAUAAUUUUAUCGUAAUAUAAAACAAAUAAAAAUAUUACUCAUACUCGCACAGAGAAUCUCAAAAAAAAUUCGAAUCGAUUAUAGUUUUCAAGGAGCAACGGUUUGUCUCAAAAUAUUGUGCUGUUACUAAAAGCCGGUGCCUACCCUUAAAAUAUAACAUAAACUUACUUUAUUUUUUUAUGAAGUUGUUAUUCCACCCCUCCCCCCAUGAUUAAACCUUAAUUUCAUUGCUGUUAUAACCUACGCAGAACAUGUUUAUAAAAUCUUCUUCUUCUCGUGUGUAUACGGUUAGUAUUGAACAUUGGAUAAUAUCAACUUUUCGACCAAUAAAACCGAUUUUGUGCUGUUAGUUUUAAGAUCAGAGUGAAUCGGCCCAGUAUCAAACUUAAAGAUAAGAACAAUAGUUACUGUGUUUGAACGUUGGUUUUUUCCCGAUAUUUUAAUUUUUAAGCGAGAUACGAGCAUGUGCUAUUAUAAUCUCUUACAGUUUAAAAAACUUUGUAACUCGCUUAAAAAUUAAAACAUCGGAAAAGAAACUAAAUGAUAAAAAAAACUUUAAUAUUAAAACUAACAACACAAAAUCCGUUCUACUGAACAAAAAGAGGACAUUAUCAAAUUUUUAACAUAUUAUAAUAAUAUUAUACCGGAAUGAGAAUAAUGACACGGCAGCUGUUUUAUUAUUUGAUCUUGUUGUUUUUCACACUCGUCGUAAUCAUAAACGAUGUUAGUCAUUCCUAUCAUGAAAUUAUAUUAUUAUUGAUAUUGAUAUAAGAAAAUAUCAAAAACCAUAUUUUAUAUUGACUAUUUAAUUAGGUAUGUGUUUAUAGGUCAUGGCGGACGGAACGAUUGUGGACUGUUUGAACACGAUGCGAAAAGACAACACGGGAUAUCAUUUGAAACAUCUUUUUAUCGGGUCGGAAGGCACUUUAGGCGUUAUCACUAAAGCAGCGAUAUUGUGUCCGAAUCUACCGAAGUACGUCAACGUAGCAUUCAUCGGUAAGAAAAUAUUCAAAUUAAUAUCAAAACGGUUUUUUUUUUUUUUUUUCGUUCUGUGAUGCGUAUAAAACCUGUACGCUCAAAUUUAUUGCAAAAAGCUUAUAAUUUGUCAAAACAGUAUAAUUAAUAUUAAUAUUAUAAUAUGCUUUAGUCGUCGCGAUUAAAAUAUUACGAAAGAAAUUAUAAUAGCAAUUUUUUUGCGGUAUUUUUACAAACAUCAGAUGGCAACGGUAUGUAUAUAAUUGGAACGAAGAAAUUCAAACUAUAACCAUUUACUCGAUUUCCGGAUUUGUUUUUUUAUCGCGUCUUCUGCAGUUUUACAAUAUUGCUAUGUUUAAUAAUCCAAAAAAAUAACACAUCGACCCGUUGCUCUUGGAACGUUCUGCUAUAUCUAAAAUUUAACGACAAACAACCGACUGCUUACUUAAGGGAAACAAUUAACGAAAUCGUUUUGUGUACUUAGCUCAAAGUGUACAUAUAUAUAUAUGACAAAGAAGAUUACUUUCAGUGUCAUUGGUGGCCGUGUUGAUGAUGACUGCGGUAGAUAAGUCUCUGUAGUGUUUACUGUUGUUAUUUAAAUUACGAUUGGUAAAUUUAAACUGUGUGACACUGUAUUCACACUUUAGAACUAAUGCACUGUUUACCAUAAUCGUAUAAAAAUACUAAAGAUAGUGUACAAAAAAUUUAACACUGUUAUAAUAUUUGUUCUUGCCUAUUCGAAAACCCUCAUGCCUAUUAAUAUUAUACGAAAUCGUAAACAAAACCAACCGUUUUAAUUAUUUUAAAUUCUCAUACAAUACUACGUAAAUUUACGUCAACGCGUUAAUAUUAUUAUCAGCAGCUGAAAUAUUAAGCCUCAUUUGACUUUAAUGUUAUCAUUGUGUUUGUAGAAAAAUUGUGUACACUAAAAUUUAAUCUUAAAUUUAAUAACAACGGGCGAUAGCUUUAUUUUUCUUGCUCAUAAAAAUAAAAUGAGUGAUGUAAAGUAAUGAUAUUUUUCAUCGCCAAAAUUAGCGUGGUGAACGGACGAUAAAGUAUAAAUGCGUCUCUGUAUACUAUACGUAUUGUAUUAAAACGGUUAAGUAAUUAAAAAAAAAAAAAAAUUAAUGUUAACCUUCUGAAAAUCUUAAUCUUCGAAUUAUAUUGAUUAGUGAUUAUGAUGCGUUUCAUCAUAAAUAGCAAUACAUCACUAAGUCGUUAAGUGUUUACUGACGUGGCGUACCGAUCCCACACACGGCUUACAUUAUAUAGUAUUUGAGUUUCCAAAUAAACCAUAAAACACUGUGAAAAACAAAAAAAAUUACAAACAUAUUUUAAACCGGGAUUAGUGUUUUCAGUGUUUUCCGUGAGCGAUGACUAAACGACACGAACAAAUAAACAAAUAAUAAUAACACACCGCUAUCGAACAUCAAGCACACAGGCUAAUCAUAUUACAUUAUCUAAACCGAUAAUUCGAAUCCAACGUAACGAAAACAAUAAUGAAAAUAAAAUAAAAACAUAAUCGAGUGCUCGUUCAUUAUGGCGGUACAAUGUAGUAAACGAAGGUACUCGAGUCGAUCACACUCUGUGACUUAAUCGGUAUACUUAAGUCAACAAUAAUCAUCUUAAGCUACAAUGUACACAUCGUGUGCAUACAAGAUUUAAGCUUAAAAUAUUAAUUUUUACUCAAUAGCAUAAUAUUGUCCUCAAUGAAUUAACGAAUUAAUUAACAUGUAGUAAACGAAACUAAAACGCUAAGUACACGGUGAUGAGUAGGAAUGCGAACAGUGAGGAGUAAUCUGCUUAUUGAACAAAUAAGGUGUUUGGGAAUUAACGUGAACGCAAUAAAUAACGUACAAAAUGAAAUUAAAACGAGACUACCGACAAGAGUCAAUAUUUACAAUGAUAGAAAUGUUAUCUUCCAAAAUUACCGUCUAGAUAUAACAAAGAGCGCCUAGUACGCACCUACAGUAACCCAUUAUAUUGACGUUCGUUUGUGGGACAAGUAAAUGUAACAGUUGAAAGUUUUCCCGGCGUUUUUCUAGGAUUUUCAACAUAAUUGAGAAUACUACAAAAAAAAAAAAAAAAUUGAAAAAUAGCCACUUCCAUAAACAAGACAUCAAUUUUCACUAGAAAUUAUUUAAAGUCAACGAUCUAAUAGCGCUAAAGUGAUUUUUGAUAAGCUUUGUUAUCAUUCCCACCAUUUCUAUCUAUAGAACUAUCCUUUUUUGAUCUAUGUUUAAAACAGAUGUUAAAUUGAGACAUUACAGCGCGUGUUUUGACGAAUAACCAAAUGUAACCGGGUUACUGUAUUUUAUAAUCAAGUCGUUUUGGCGAUUUUGGUUAUGGGUUACUGAAAUAUCGUUACCAAACGAAAUUAACGGUUAUGAUGUUUGGUUAUUGAUAAAGUAAUAAUUAUAUCUAGCCAGUGCUUUUAUUUAUUAUCAAUCAAUAUAAUUUGUAAUAACCAAAAACGUUUUUCGUUUUCGCGAAUUUAUAACCAUAAUUGAUAGCGAACAUAAAUAGUUUAAUCGCUAAAACAUAUCUUAUGUUUAUGGAUUAGAGUCGGUUGUUGUUUUUUUUUAAACUUAUAAACUAUAAUAAAACCGUCGAUCAAGAAUACUUAAUCAACGUGUCACGAAAAGGAAAAAAACGGCCUCAGUUUCUAAUCGUUCAAGAAUCAAAAAUUAUAGCCCGUCACGAUACCUAUAUCGAUGUCUUUAUUAUUUAUGGACGCGACCGAAAGAAGAAGCGCAAUAAAUCGACGUCCGAUAAAUUUGAAUUGAACGGAUGAACAUAAUAUAAUUAUUAUUAUUGAUGAGUAGCGACCGCUAAAAGUGGUUUAAUCGUGUAUGCAUAAAAAAAAAAUGAAAAAAUGAUACGCACAAAAUAUUCAUAAAUUUGCAGUAUAUUAAAUAUCAAUUAUUAAAUUACGCGAACUCCCCCGGGCGAACAAAAAAAUACAGUCGAAUUAUUAUUCCGGUAUUUAAAAUGCUCGUAUAUUAUCCGAUUAAAUUUCCGUGCGUACGUUCGUAAAAAUUAUACUUUUUUUCUUUUUUUUUUUUUUUUUCGUAUUUUUUAAUGCGCUUUUACUGAAAAAUAUUACGUGAAAUACAUAAACACACGCAUGAGUAUACAACACAGUCGUUGUGUAUAUAUUUGGAAAUAAUUAUAAUAUUAUUAUACGUUCGUUGUGCUCGUAUAUAUAAAACAUUUUAUACGCGGGGUUGACUCGCGCUGCAGUAUAUUGGAUUAAAACCGACACGUAUUUACUAUACAUAAUAAUAAUAAUAAUAAUGAUCAUUUUUUUUUUUUCAUUUUGAAAAGAGUUUUUUUAUAUACGACAAACACACACGCGUCAGAACGGAAGUCGGUUGUUUGCGGUGGUUUUGGUUUUGUUUGUGUGUGUGUGUGUGUGUGUGUAAAAUGUAGGUAAACGUUGCGAUGAUGGUUAUAUACAAAGUACAAUAAUAAUAAUAAUAAUAUGAUCCUUUUGACUUUUUUAUCCUGCGUCGGCGGUAUUAUAUACGAGUAAAACAAAACGUAUAUAUACCGCCGCAACGGCAUAAUAUUAUUAUUAUUAUGCGACAGACUGUGAAGUGAAAGCAAUGUAAAAAGAAGAAAAAAAAAAGAAAACAUUAAAUAAAAAAAAAAAAAAAAAAUGUCUCUAUAGGAAAAGUUACCGCCGCCCCAGCCGUUUGAGCUUUCCUAUAUAUACAAGUAUACAGCUUAAUAUUAUUGUUAUUAUAUAUAUAGAUACGAAUUUUGUCGUUUUUUUUUUUUAUUCUCGUUCCGCAGCAUUUGUCAAUACGUUCGUUUUCCUCUCCGUUCCGCUUUUUUUUUUUUCUUUUUUUUUAUUAGAUCGUAUUGGUUUAUUACUUAUACUUCGUAUUUUUUUUAUUUUUAUUUUUUUUUUAUCGUCUGAUGACAUUUCUCUACUUAGAUACCUGCGUGAUUUCGCUCCGAUCCGAAAAUCGAUACGCGGACAAUUUUUGUACAAUUUCGGAUCUGGCUUAUGAGCAUUGGGGAGGUCGUUUUUUUGAUUUUCCAAGCGGUUUUCAUAAUUACGAGAAACCUAGGAAAAAACGUAUAGAAAAUAACACGAGGGGAAAUUUACGAAAGUAAAAAUGUUAUUAUUUUCGAUUUUGUUAUAGUUCGGUUGGAAAUAAUAGUUGAGACCUUAAAUUUUUGCACAAAACAUAUAUUGGUAUUUUCUAGACGCGGUGGAGUUUACCGAACGUUCUGGCGAUUUUUAAGUUAGUUAUAAGUAUAUAUUUGACAUUUUCGAAUUUUUUUUUUGUUUUAUAUGAACGAAAUAGUUUUAGCCUGUCAGAAAUGCUUGAUAAUUGUACAAAAAAUUCGUUAUGUUAAAUAAAAAAAAAAGAAACGAAGCAUUUUAAGCGUUCAAAUUUCGACGAAAAACGUAAAAACCGCGGCAUUUCAAAACGCGUCCGACCGGACUCCGAACUCAGAAUCGCAUUUCGUCAGCGACGAUCGGCCGUCGCGCGCUGAUAUAAAUUAAAUAACUUUACCGAUACCUUUUCAACUUUCCACGCGCCUUCGCGUACGCCAUUAUAUUGUUCAGUUUCGUUUGCCUCUGGCCGCGGCGCCCAUAACGUACAUACACACGCGCGCGUGUGCGUGUGCGUGUGCGUGUGCGUGUGCGUGUGUACUCGUAUGUAUAAUAACAGUUUUUCCAUGUGCGUUUUUGCGCCGACAGGGUUGGACAGUUACGAUAAAGUGCUAAAGUUGUUCUCGGUCGCUCGCGCCGAGUUCGGCGAGACGCUGUCGUCGUUCGAACUUAUGGACAACGCGACCGUGACGUGCGUGGAAAACAGCCUUCACCUACGGUGCCCGAUCGCCAACGACCGUCCGUUUUACGUGCUCGUCGAGCUCGCGUCCAGUCGGCCGACCGCCGGCCGGCACAUGGAAAACGUUUUGGCCAAAGCCCUCGAAGACUCGCUGAUCGCGGACGCCGCGACGACGGAUCAAACGUCCGGCAUAAACGUAAGUACGGUAUGGUAUAUAUAUAUAUAUGUACCUGUAUAGAUUGAUCGAUUGAUUUUUUUUUUUUUUUUCAACGGGAUCGCCCCCUCCGGCUGCAGUCGGAAAGCUUCAGGGCGCUUCGAACAUUAGCGCGUACACGGGCGGGUUCAGCUCCCCGAAAACCCGGCCGAGCGUGCUCCCCCGAAACGGGACGUUCGCCGGGCGUCUUCGCUCGGAAAAAUAAGCAAACGCCUAGUGUUAAUCCGAACCUGGAUUGUAGCGAUAUUGUAUUGUCGGGCGUCUCAAAUUUCGAUUUCGUUCGCGACGGUGGCGUGACUGCGCGGGGCCGUUUUCGGAGGGGCGAUUUGAAUAUUUGUUGAAAAUAUCGAAACUAAAUCAUAAAUAAUGCGUACCUAUCACAAAAUUAUACUAAAAUUAUGUUUAUUUCGGAACGAACGGGUGCCUCUAUACAGCUGACAUUCAAAUUUGGUGGACGUUUUCUCGGGAACUACUUACCUAUUUUAUACGAAAUCUUCUAAAUUUAGGUACGGGACCGUUUCUCCCUCAGAAUAGCGGACGAAAUGUCAGUGACCGAGAGUGUCCAUUAUGUAGAGGUUUCGCUGUAUUGAUAAUUUAAUACAUCUUUCAUUUUGUAUUUUUUCGUAACAAGCAAUUGCGAAAAAAAGAUAUUACAUCUAGAAUUGUUUAGGGGUUGAUGUGUCAUCCCUCUCCCCCAAAUAAAGAUUUUUUUUUUUCCGUUUCUGUUCGCGUGCAGAAAAUGUGGAAGAUCCGCGAAACGGCCAUCGAAGGACUGUUGAAGUUAGGUCACGUGUACAGUUUCGACAUAUCGCUGCCUCUGGACCGAUUCUACGAGAUCGUCGAACUGACCCGGGAGAGACUCAAAAACGUCGCCGAGUGCAAAGCCGUUUCUGGAUUCGGUCACAUAGGUGAGUGUAACACCAGUAAUCACGCGCAAUAUUCGGUAUCGACGCGAAUCUAUUAACAUUACCGCGGUAAUAUCGUUAACGCGUCGUUUUCGUAACGACCGCGCAGUUUUAAUGGGACACCGGUAUACGCGGUGCCCAUCGGGCAUCUGUUAACAUAAAAUAAUAUCGUAAACUCUGUACCGCGUACAACGCGCGAAUUACGUACGGAUUAUUUCAUAUGGGCGCGUUACACGCUCGAAAACAUAAAUUGCACGUGUGUAAUAACGUGUGACUAUUCGUGUACAUUUAUCGUUUGAAAAAUUUAAUGUACUUAACCGUAAUUGUAGGACGCGAUAUAAUUAUAUAUGCGUUCCGAUUCUGAGCGCAGCGAGGGACUCGUAUUAUACGUAUUGUUGGUUCUAUCGGAAAUACAUCGAAAAUUUAUUAAAAAAAAAAAAAAAAAAAAAAUGUCUGUCAAUGACCUCGCGUACAGUGCAUGUAUAACGAUAUAAUAAUAUAGGGUUUUUUGUGCGUACGAAUCGAAAUCGAUACGAUAUUAUGUAAUUCCGAUAAAAAUUAUACGAUAUUUAUACGAAUAUUUCCGUAUAUACAAACCGACCGGUUUUCGUUUGUUUUCCACUGUGCGUAUUUUGUAGGCGUGUACGUAUAUACGUAUAAAUUUACGAUUUUAUUUCGCUGACAACUCGUAUGUGUAUAUCAGCAAAAACAUUCUGUGAAAACGGUUCAAUUUUCGAAUAUUAUUUUUGCAUCCACGGUACCCGCAAUAUACACACGAAUACUCGCGUUAGGAAAACAUAUAUUUGUACAUAAUAUUGACUUUAAAUCAUUUUUGAUAAUUCAACCGUAUUCAAAAUUUGCGUAUAAUAACAUUAAGCAGAUGUACAACGUAUAAUAUCGUAAUAUUCCUACGCAAUUAUUGUCACUGACGGCGGAUUCAGCGUUAGUUUACGGUCAGGGCACUCGCCUUAUAGAUUUAACUAGGAGGCACCCGAAUGUAAUUUUAUAUUUUUUUUUCGUGCUUGGCUUUUGACUCGAAAAAUAAAUGCAGAUUUUUGUCACAUCGAAUUUCUCCGGUGUAUUUCAACUGCUCUAGUGAGAUCCCUGCGAAAUAUCGGUGCCUAUCCCACCAGUUUAUAAUGUAGUGAUCCCGAUUCAAAAUGCCGAGUCGCAGUAACAACAUAAAAGGGUUCUGAUAGUAUUACAACACCUACGACGCCCUUACGAAAAUACGAAAAUAAUAUCCGAUUUUGAUAAGAAUAUCGUUGUACAACCGAGCAAACGCGGCCGUCGGUCGGUUCAUCGUUAAAAUAUUUUAAUCGUCGCCGUUUUGAGAAAACAAUUUAAGACGUAUUAGGUUACCGGUUUAUGGUAUACAUAAUUGUAUAAUAUAGUCCGCGUAACAAUAUAUUUUGUUCUACUCUGCAGCGCGUUUGAAAAAAAAAAAAAACACAAAUUAUCGCUACACGGAUGAUUAGUGUAAUUUUAUAGUGUCAAUGUCGUCGUUUAUUUUAUUUUAUUUUUUUUUUAAUUUCGCUUACAUUCAAAUUCGUAAUGUUAUUUUAUUGCAGCAAUCAGUUCGAAACUAAUCGCGGACGAUUCGAUUUUAAUUAAUUUACCCACUCGAAUGCGGUUCUCUCGAAACGAGAAAAAACCUAAUAAAAACCUAACCGUUGUUCCCACGUACAUAUGAGUAGCGUGACUCGUUAAAAUUGAAUUCGUAAAGCGAUACGAUCACCAACGGCACCCACCGCGUUUUUCAUUGUUCUUGAAAAUUGUAGCCGAAUGUAUGCACACAUAAUUUUAUAAUAAUUAUUAUACUAUUAUACCACACUAUACGAAUUACCCCUUAAUUCCGUACAUUGUCUGAGUGGUUUGGCGUAGGUUUUCAAAAUUUUCUCCGAUUUUGUAAAAUUUGAAAAUUGUUUUUUAAUAUUUUAAUGAUAUAGCUUUUCCGCUAAUCUACCGCACGGUACCCAUUUCAGGGGAAGGGGUACGGCCGUUUUUACAGACGAAUAUGGCGUUUUACACGGAAAUUCCAGACGAAAAUAUAAUCGAUUUGGGUUCAACGGUUCUUUUUUUGUUUUUUAAUUUUUUUAAAUUAAAAGCCGUCUAACUCGAACCCUAUACAUUUUCGUCUAGGAGUCCGGUAUAAAUAUCGUGUUUUGUCAUUGUUAUUUUUUAGAACGCAAAUGUUUGUAAUUUGAAUAUCGUAACAUGCUAACGAAAACCAGAAAAAUCGCAAUCUCCAUACCGACUGAAUCUUAUACACAUAAUAUAUUACAUUGAAAUUUGAUGGCGGAUCAUUUUCAAACCGAAAUACAAGCACACCCCUCGAUCCGCAGUAUAUUAUAACCGACUAAACUAACCGUGCGGUUAUAAUAAUUUGCGAUGCGGGUCUCUCUCUUCUCUCUCUCUCUCUCUAUGUGCAAAUAUUCAAAUAAAGACUCGCGGUAAAGGACCCGGUAAUAAAUAAUAAUAAUAAUAAUAAUAAUUUUGUAACCGAUAAUUAUUUGUCUGUUUGGCGUUAUAUUAUGCAACGUUAUAUAUAUAUUAACUAUACGAUAUUUACAUAAUAACAUUAUGCGAACCCCCUUUUAUUAAUUUCGAAUGUUUCAAUCGAUAACGAUACGCCACGGUGGACGGUAUAUUUAAACCGCGAAUACAAACAAAUUAAUUAAGCAAUUUUUAUUAAUACCUAUUUUUUAUAUUAUAAAUAUUUCAAAACAAUUAUACGCCUAAUUAAAAUUAUUGUUACAAAGUCUGUUUGUUUCCGUACGCGCGGUGUAAACGUUGUAUUAUGGCCGUAUCAUUUUUUUUUUUUUUUUUCUAUUACUAGUUGAUCUUGCACGGUAUUGCCCGUGACGAAUUCAAUGGCCGUGGAUUUGUCCCCUUUGAAACUCCAUUAAAAUUCAGCACUAGGCUACAUAUAUUUUUAAUACGGUUAUUCGGGUUGUUUAUUGCGUUUUAAAUUUCAAAAUUAAAUUAAACGGAUUUAGUUUUGUCGAGCGUUGAUCAGCAAUCAAAAUUACAACGAAACUAACAAACAAUGUUCAAUAGAUACCAUAGAUAUAUUUUAUCAUAUAGAUACCACAUCAUCGACAAAAAUAAUAAUCGUAUUUACUUUGUUACCGAGGUGAUCGAAUCAACAAAAAUUAUACCACAAAAUACCAAAAUCCCUGUGUCAGCUAUCAUUUAGGGGUUGAAUUUUAGAACUUUCAAUAGCUACAAACCUUUUCCGGACCACGUGGAACAUUUUGCAGAAAACCCCGUUAAAAUCGGUCCAAUAGUUUUUCAGUCUAUAACGGUCAGACAUUCAUUUUUAUACGUAGAGAUAUAUAUCAUAUGUAUGGAUAGCCAUAUUAUAUCCAUUAGCCAGCCAUACAUAAAUAAUUAUUGUACAAUAAUUCGUUAGUAACGGUAGAAUAAAAACCGAAAAAGAUGCGGUCGGAUGCGAUCGGGAAUGAUACGAGGACAGGCGGCGUGUGCGAGGUGGGAGAUCGGGUCAAGUAGUUUAGAACGAGGGCGGCCGACCCCGGAAUAGUCGGGACGGAGGCGAAGGAGAAGUAAUAACAACAAUGUAGCGCGACAAAAUUAUUAACUUAUUUAAAUCGUUUAAUUAACUUGUUUGUAUUCACGGUUUAAAUCGCCCGGAAAAUGUGCACGCUGCCCGGGAUUCCGCAUUUCCCGGUAACGUACGUAUUGAUAAUGUUUAUAAUCGACUGUGUUGUGUGCGGUAUUAUUGUUUCGCAGGCGACGGGAAUCUGCAUCUGAACGUGGUGACCACGGGAUCCGACGAACGGCUGACCCGGCUGAUCGAACCGUUCGUCUACGGGUGGACUCGCGAUUGUCUGGGAAGCGUCAGCGCCGAGCACGGCAUCGGUUUGACCAAAACCGACUAUCUGGAGCACACCAAGAGCCCGGAGGCCGUCCGCCUGAUGAGGAGCCUGAAAAAGACCAUGGACCCCGGGUGCAUACUGAACCCGUACAAAGUGAUUCCGCAGACCUGCGGCGGCGGCGGCGGCCGGUAAACCCGAGGAUUAUAAAAUAAAAAAAAAAUAAAUAAAUAUAAAAAAAACCGUAUAUAUAUAUGUAUAGCUACGUUAUAUUAGCGCCGCGGGGAAUAACGUUAACCCGCCCCUACGUCCCUCCAUCCCAACCCCUCUCGGUAUAAUGCGUAGUCGCGCGUAAUUCCUUUUUGUGCGUUACGCCGCGGCCCGGAGCGGGGAACUAUAGCACGCGGGUUUCGCCGCUCAAAGGCCGGACGUAUAUGUGUGCAUACCUAUACCUACCUAUAAUAAUAAUAAUACCUAUACACAUUAGAAUGUAAUAAUAUUUCCUGAAUCAAUGGGCGUGUGUGUAUAUAGUGCGAUGUGUUAUGCGGAAUGCAACGGAGCGGGAAGGAAAAAGAAAAGUAUAACUCGCGUCUACCCAGAGAACGAAAAAGAGAGGAAGAGGGAGAGUGAGACGGAAAACGAGGAUCGUUCAAAAAUGGUAUUUUUUUUUUUUAACCGUUCUACCCGUACAUAAAAAACUAAAUAAAUAAAUAAAGCCGUUGCUUUGUAUUUUAUAAUUUAAGCUUCUGGAAAACAAAAAUAAAAAAAAAAAUUCCACCAUUUUUUUUUCCCCUCUAUAUCCUUUAAAUAAAUACGUACCUACACGUAUAUAUACGCGAUACAUAAUACGCAUAUACGGGGAGAGGGGUGGCGGGUGGAGGGAGCGGCGAUCGAAAUUCCACGUUAAACAGCCUCGCGAUUUAUUAUUUAUGUACACGCCGAAUUCCCGUUUCCCGCGAACACACACAACGCGAAAGCUUUAUUUUUUUUUUUGCCAAACGAAAAUAUUAUGUAGACGUUUGUUUAUUUAUACGGGCGAGCAAUCUAAACCCGGCAUUUAUAACAAUAUAUUAUAUUAAUAAUAAAACAACUAUAAAACGCGGAUUUCCAAACGUUUAUGUACGACGGUAUCGUUGUGUUCGACCCGCAAAGCCAAAGCGAAUUGAAUUACGUAAGCAAACAUGUUUUCGUUGUUUUACGAUCGCGCCGAUUGUAUCGCACGGCAAUCACGCGGUAUCGCAACAACAACAAUAAUAACAAUAAUAACGACAAUUAUUCACCGUACACAAUCGACGGAACGUUUUUAAUUGCUGUUAAGUAUAGUUAAAGUGUGUUUGCGCCAAUACGUAAUAAUAUAACGUGUGUAUACAAUGUUUAACGAUCACCGGAAUCAAAUAUUGUAGGAAUCAAUAAAAUUUAAUAUUAUUACCGUGUUGCUUUAUAUACACAUAGAUAGAUGUCUAUAUUAUACUGUUGAUAAUCGUCUAUCGUUAUUUAUCGGCUACUGUUAUUUUUUACGCGUUCUUUUUACUUUACGUAUACACACGAACACACACAAGAGGUCAGUUAUGUUACGUUAUACCGCGAGCGGUCGUGGAAAUCGAUUAGAAAAAAAAAAAAAAAAAAAAACCAACCAUUUUACCGACAAAUAUUACGGGCACUCUAAUCGUGCACGUUUGUAAUCGAAAAUUCCAAAUUUGUAAACCACUCCGGGACCCGGUUAAAAUCGAUUUUUUUACUUCGGCCGCGCUAACGAAGCGACGCGUAAUUAGUUGUGUAUAGCUGAUAACAAUUGUGAUGUUCUGUAUUUCUUUCUGAUUCGAUAACGACGAAGUGGGUUUGAUGUUUUAAACAAGUGCAGCAUACAAGUUGAAAACGAUGACCUUUUUUAAUUCCGUGUGUAUAAAAAAAAAUUCAACGCAAACUAAACAAAUACGACACGUAUGUAUGUAUUUUUUAUUUUUCUUUUAUUUGAUCUUGGCACUUGUUUAUAAAGCGUAGUUACGCAGAAUAUUAUAUUAUCGUAAAUAUUAUAUAGAAUCCGAUAUCAAUCAUUCGCGAGUUUCGAACAAUAUAAUAAUGUACUACGGGUAACUAUAAGAAUGCAAAAUAUUUGCACACAUUUUACAAUAUAACAAACAAAGACUGCAGCGUGCGUAAUAUUUCAAAUAAAACGCGAAUCUUUACUCUUUUUUUUUUUACCCCUCUCUCAUUCUUUCCUUUUUUUUUCUCUCUAAUAAAAUACGACACGUUCUUCGCGAUCGUCCAUAAAUAUAAUAUCCUGCAGCGUACGUGUUUCUCUUCGCUAUACGACGACCGGAAAGAACGACGACCGCGUUUUGCAUUGUGGGACGCGAAUUAUUAUUAUUACGAAUAUCGUUUCUGUAAUAAUAUCGUAACGACGACGGUUGCCAAUUUCCACGCACCGGGACCAUGUGUAUUACAGGCAAAAGUACAAAGGCGACCGUAUAUAAUGUCUUAUUUAUAAAAAGCCAGUCUGUGUUUGUCUGUCUGUCUGAAACACUUGUGCUCUUGUAUAAUUCGAACCGUGCGUUGGUGCGUUCGGGUUAAAUUUGGAGUUUCAAUACAAAUAACAACGUGUUCAAGGAGGAGAAUAUUUUCGAGCGUUGUGCAUGCAUAGCUUUGAAAAAUCGUCUUACGAAAAAGUCAUCAGCCAUAAUUUCGCAUUUUUUGAUUCCGAGUGGAGCGAUGAAUAUAUUGGUUUUACAAUGGUAUUUAUUCUAUUUUUUCUGCAGACAACUUUUCUACCAGCAAUCUCGUUCCGAAUCACAAUGAUAGCAUUUUUUCUGAAAGGAAAUCUGAAUGGGAUGGUACUUUAGGAUGAUCGUUUUUUAAUUUCCCCAGAAGUUUUCCCAAUACGUGGGAAAAAAACGAAGGAAAAGCUACGGGAAAAUAGGUACAAUAUUAUUAAAGAAAAUGUUUAACGCAUAUUGUGUAAUUAUUUUACCAUAAUAUGGCAUUAAUAAUGUUGACAAAACAACACACAACCGAACUCUGCUCAAAAUCGUUUUAUUCAUUAGCAACGGUUAAUCGUUGCGUAUACAGAUAUAAAUUAAAUUUCUCCUCUACUGGCUUCCCAACUUCUCGCCUAUAACAGUAGCCCGUCCACGGGCGGAGUAUGUCCGUCUUGUUCUUCGUCAAACUCCGGUUACAAUUAAACGCACGGAUUUUAUUUAUCUAUACACGGUCGAAAACCCGUCGGAUAUCGUUGCGGUAUUUCGAAAUGCACUUCAGUCCUCGGUGUAUUCUGUAAAGGUUAUAAUUUAUAUAACUAGGAUGAUUAAACGAACGGAUUAAAUUCGACAAUAUUUCCAUCGUUAUACAGACGGUGCGACGAAUAAAAAAAAAAAAAAAGCUUAAUCGAUUUUAAUUAUACCGUCGUCGGUUAUAUAGAUGUACGUUAAUAAUAUAGGUAUUUUAAAUAUUGUACUAUAUAUAUAUAUAUGUUCGACGCUCCAUCAUUCUGCUAGAAUUUCAAUAAUUCGCACUCUCGUAUAGCAUAAUAGUAUGUAAAUACUGCGCAAUAUUAAAUAUAAUUAUUUGGACGACAACGUAAAUAUUUAGCGAUAAUAUACCUAUUAUUUUUGUUGAUUUAUUUAGAAUCGUUUAUUGUGUCUCGUAUAUUAGCUACGUGGUAUAUUAUUGUUAUGUACGGCGUGUCCUGCCGCGUGUAAUAAAAUGACGAAUUCGUGUACACUAUGUAGUUAAACCGAAUUGCAUUAUAAUAAUACGCAUUAAUUAUAUAGCUUAUAGGUAAACCGCGCAACAAUAAUUCAUCGCCCGCUGCUACUGCAAUAUUCUUUAAAAAAUGUGACGCGUUAAAAAAACAAAAAAAAAAACAAAAAAAAACCCGAAACAAAAAUAUCAGUUUCGUAUUAAAUUAUCGUUUUAACCUAAAUUAAACACGCAAACAGUUUCGAACAAAUACACAUAAAAGAUAUAAUAUUGUAAUAACGCGUGUAAACCGAAUCAAUUGAAAUUGAUAAAUCGAUAGCAUAUAAUAUAUCGGUAUGUACGUGAUGUUGUAACCGAACAAUAUAUAAUAUUAUUUUAUUAUUAUUAUAUUAUAAUAUUAUAUUUUGUGUAUUCGUUUACAACACAAUGUUUUAUUAUUAUUGUUACAACAUUUUUACCCGUAACUUAUACUGCGAUAAAUAAUAUUACGUACGUAACGCAAUGUAAUAUUAUAUUGUUGGCAUAAUAUAGGUGCUGUAUAUGCGAUUUCGCAUAAUAUUUUACAUUUUGCCGUACCAUUGUACAUUAUUAUUAUGUUUUAGCGCGUAAAUAAAAAUUUAGGCUACGCGAAAUACACGAGCUACAUUUUAUAAUAUACAGAUACAUUGGAUUUUGUUAUCAGUUGUUGUCGGCCAUUAUUUUCCGGUUCGAUGUAAACAAUGCGGGAUUUGAAAGGAGCGGACGAAGGCCGAAGCGGUUUAAAUAAUAUUAUUAUAAUGUAUUUCGAUAGUAUAUUUAAAAUAUAUAGACGUUAAAAUGUUGCGUUUUUUUUUUUUUUUUCUUUAUGUAUACAAAAUUAAAGACGACGCGUCAAACUUUACCGUGAGUCGUUUGGCCAUUGUUAAAACAACAAUAAUAAGUGAGAUGAUUAUCAAACACGAUCGACUCGUGUUUAUAUAAUAAAAUUACGUGUAAAUUCAAAUUUCAGAGUUUUCAAGUAUAUGAUAUGUAUACUGGUAUUUUUCGCAACAUUCGAGGUGCGUUCGGUAGCGAAACCGAUUUUUGCGUUUCAAACGAGAACCUGCACGUGUUUUAAAGGGAUUGGAAGCGACGAGUUUCUGUCUUUGUCUUACACGCAUACGACAUAGGGAUUUAGACGUGUAUUAUUUCCGACGUACCGAUUGAUCUAGUGGAGCGAUAAGAAUUUUGAAAGCAGAUUUGAAUUUGCCGUGAAAUCUACUUGAGAUCGACUUUUCGACUUUUUUGGAUUUUGAUUUUAAUUUCUCAAAAAAUCUAAAUAUUCCAGUUUUUCAAUUACUCUUUUAUUAAUAUGGCUUUUUUUAGAACUUGAAGAGAUAAAUUUAAAAAAGAGCUAAUACUAGGGAUGGGAGCGGCCACUGUUGUAAAUGAAAAGUCGAGAAAGUAAGAUAAAUAAGGUUAUUUCAUUUAUAUCUGUAAGCAAAGAUAAACCAUUGCUUGAUGAAAGACGAUUCCGAGUGCAGUUCGGUAAUACAUAAUUUGAAGUGCCGUAUUUUAUUCGCAAUUUACAUUGAAAUUUGAUUUCAAAACGCUAAUUAAAAAAAAAAAUCGUCCAAUAAUUUUGGAAACUUAACCACGUCUAGAUAAGUUCAAUAUGAGUAUUAUUACUACUAUCAAACUUUGAGGGUAGAAAAGAAUGGCGCGAAAACUGGACAUCAACAGAUGUAAAAAAUAGUGGUCUAGUGUCAGACCCUAAUAAAGGUGUAGAAGGCAUGGAUUUACCACGAGAUGUAUGGUCCGUACUUAAUAGAAUCCGAACUGGUCACGGCCGGUGCGGCUCCAUGAUGUCCAAAUGGGGUCUUAAGGACAGCCCUACGUGUGACUGCGGUCACGAUAACCAAACAAUUCACCAUAUUGUGGAAGAUUGCCCGAAAAGGAGGUUCAAUCGGGGCAUUGAGGGAAUUCAUGUGGCAAAUAAUGAAGCAUUAGAAUGGAUUCGAGAACUAGACAUUGCCUUAUGACUAUGGAUUUUAUCUGUAAAUAAUGACCACGUGCCCCUACUUUUAUUAUUUAUUUAAUUUAUUUUCAUUUUAUAUAUUCAUUAUUAUUUAUUAUUAUUUAUAUAUUCAUAUAUUCAUUUUAUAUUUUUAAUUGUAGUUAUUUUUAUUUUUAUUUUAUAUUCAUGAUUUAUAUUCGAUAUAUAUUGUGGCCUCAACUGUGUUGAUUUGUACUCCAGCCAUACGAAAUAAUAAAAAGUAUUAUUACUAAGUUUCAAGUCUCUACAUGUAUUUAUAACCAAAUUACAGCAAAAAACCCCCCAACAAUUAAAAUAUAUUAAAGCUCAAAAAAUUUGGCGAUGAUACUGUAAGAAAUUAAAUAAAAAAGGC